AUGGCAGCGGUGGGGCCGCAGCCCGCGCCGGGCCCCGCGGCGGGGCCGCAGCCGGGGGCCGAGGAGAUCGACAUGUCCCUGGAUGACAUCAUAAAGCGCCAGAGGAAAGAGCAGACAGAUGCCAGCACCGCGGGCGACAGCAGAAGGCAGCAGGUCAAGAACAGAAGUUCAGCCUCCGGGUAUGGGCGGCCCCGAUACGGCGCCUGGAAGCAGAGGAAUUUGCAAGGACCUAACCGUUUCAGAAGAGGCUUUGGACAGCAACAGUUCAAUCGGAGACAAUUCAGGAAUACUUUGCCUGGUCGCAAGAGAAGAGCAGCUGCUGCAUUCGAUGGAAUGAGCCCUUUAAAUCGCCAGGCAUCGGCUCAGGAGGGCAACAAGAAGAGCAAUGUUUUUGCCAAAAGCAGCAGUGGGCAGCAGGAGGAGCAGCCACAGCCAUCUCCAGGCCCCAAGAGAUUCAGAACAGAUGCUGCCAGCAUCCGUGCCCCAGGGAGAAGGCCUUUCCUGCUGAACAGGGGACCAGUGUUCCAGCAGAAGCGGGUGCAGCAGUGGUUCUCCAAAGCCCGCUUCCAGAGAGGGCAGAUGGAUUCUCAAGGAGAAGGGAAACCGCUAAGGAUGAGAAGGUGGCAAGUGAAACCCAGCCCGGGAGCAAUUCUGACGGUUUCUGUGGUUAAUCCCCAGGCGGGCCAGACCAGCGGGCCUGGAUCCAAGCGCCCAUUCCUGCGAAGCCAGAGACCCCCAGCACGGGUCACCAAGCCCCAGCCCAAGGGGGUGCUGCUGAGAUUCAACUUCCGCGCCAUGGCCAACCAGACCAGCCUGACGCUGGAUGAGAGGUUCUCUGGUCUGAGGAAUAAGAGGCGCUUUACAGCGGCCAGGAGCGCCGGACGGACGGUCACCAUGCCGUAGGACUGCGUGCUCGUCACAGGGACUGCCUGUGACAGUCCAGGCUCCAUGACAAGGGCUCAAUAAAAGUUGCUAGAUUCCCUUUGAGAUAGCUGAUUUGGCAAUGUGCUGUCUCCUUCCUUACACACAGAGUGAAUGAGUGAUGGAGGGCAGGGGGCAGGGAUGAGGCAGGAUGAGAGUUUGGGCCAGAGCAUAGGGCAGGUGGGACAUGGGCAGGGUGGUGGAGGGGGAUGGGCGGAGAUGGAUUUGCUGGGAGAGCUCUGCUGGGAAGCUGUAGGGCUGGCACCAGCCCUGUCCCCCUGUGCUGACCAGGAUGAUGGCUGAUACGGGGAGGGUGUACUGGGAGGGUGUAAGGAGCCUUCCAUACAUUGUCUGGUGGGUGAGACAGGGUUAGAGGAUGCUGUGCCUGCCCACAUGGGAGACAGAGGGAAGUGGGGGUGCUCUAGCUACCCACAAUCCCCAGCGUCCAAUUAAUUGCCCAACUUGUGCUUGCAGGCAUCCCUGCCCAGAGGUUUGCAGUGUAAGACCCCUCCACUCUGAAAAUCUGUUGCUUUGCCCUGACAGUCAGGCCUGAGGACCUUGCAUUUCUCUGUGGAUUGCUGUGCUGUUCUGACUGCUGCUGCAGGGAUGGGGUGAGAUGUGCCAUGCCGUGCUGCUGGAGUUACUGUCCUCAGCACGGAGCACAGACAGGCUGCCCCAGCCCAGAUCACAUUUUCCAGUGCUGAGUAGUUCUGCAUUAGGGUUUUUGUAGUUGCAGCUCCACCCAUGCUCAAAGAGCAGCAUAAUCAAACCAGCAGUAGCACUCUGAUAAACAUUGGCUGAGAUGUUAAUGAGCUGGGUUUAGACAUUUGUUAAUGAAGCCCUGCAUCAACCCUGAGUAACUGCUCCAUUCUCCAUCCACUGCUGGAACCCAGCACUGAACAUGCUGGACACAGCCUGUUACUGGGCUCUAAGCUGUACUUACAACAGGAAAUAUUUGAUAGACUGCUUUACAUUUUACACCGAGCAUCUUUAACAAAAGACUGGACUUGAAAUUGUUUUUAUAGGAAUGUGUGAAAUGUUGUUAGUUGACGAAGCAGAGAUGUAUGAGUCCAGUGCACUGAAUAAAAAAACUUAACUUGUCAAA